GUCUACAGCAUACACACACAGCACCGAUGGUGAGAUGGGAGUUACCGCCAAACUACAAACCCCGAUCGAUAGCUCCUUCUCGUCUACACCAAUCUACCCGUUCCUGUUGAUAGACUACGUGCUUAACAUCCCCAAGUACUCUCCUGAUGGUCGCGUCAUUAAGACCCACGAAUCAGGUGGUUACCUUGAUCACGUUCCCAAUGUAAGGAAGAUAUUGAUGAGAGAUAAGAAACUGGUUGAGGAGGUUCGUCAUGCCAUGACAGUAGGGUUUUCACAUCAUGGAUUGCGAUUCAAGCUUUCGAAAAAUUCCCUAGAUAUCCACAUCGAUGACAAAUCACCACCUGCAUGUGUUCAUCUACCUCCUCUGCCUACAGGUUUCCGAAUCCAAAGCGUGGCCGUGUCGUCCUCUUCAAGUGACCUAAAUAAUAGUGAAGAUUGGGUCGUUGGUGUCAAGUCCUGGGGAUCUCAGUUGAGUCUCUUUAGGCCAGGUCAUCAGUGGAUUAACAUAAAAACCUCGCCCGAGUUUAUAAACCCUUUCUCAAGUCUCAUGUAUUCCAAGAAAGAUCAAAGGUUCUACAUUCCAGUUCCUGGAGGCGACUACUUGUGCUCCUUGGAUCUCUACUUUAAGGAAGGCGACCAUCCCGAGUUCAUUCUCUUAGCUGAUGACACUCCUCAGUCGGUUGUGCCUGAAUUGACCCUGCUAAAUUCCUCUUCCAGGACAGAUCACUGGGUGGAGUCACCCUCCGGGGAACAAUUCAUCGUCAAGUGGUACGGCCACGACCUAGUGCGCAGUCACAACAAAGUGGAAACGCUCGUGCACAUGGCAUCACAGUUUAUGGUGUUUAGAGCGGACGAAUCAUGAGAUGAAAAGUUUGUGUAUUACACAGAAGACAUUGGUGAUCUUUGCAUCUUUCUUGGACAUAGUGAGGCUUUCUGCAUCCCGGCCAGUUCGUGCCCCGGGCUCAAGCGUAACUGCAUCUAUUUUGUGGGCUAUAACUUUGGUGUUUAUGACCUCACCACCAAAACUUGCACUACCUUCUACACUGAAGAAGACGUUCCAUUAAGGAACUUGGAGUUCCCUUACUGGCCUCCUCC